AUGGCGCUCUUCGAGGGCACGUCUGGUGCUCCUCCACCUUCUUUCGGUAUUCCCGGAUCGAACGCCUUAGGUCGGUACAGCACAGUACCGACAUGGGAACAUGUUCCUGGAAGUGCUGGACCUGGUGGACCGUCUCGAUUACCUCCGCCACUGUACAACCAAACAGGCCAUGAACGACCAUACAGAUUUUCUUUCUACUCCAAUAAACUCUCUGCGACGAUUCACGCGCGUAGUCUUAGUGAACUCCCCGCCGAGGGACAAUCGUUUGAAGAUUUGUUUACUGGUGAUAAUGGGAAUGGGAAUGGGAUGCAUAAUCUGAAUGAUGAUGAGUUAUCUGCUUGGUGGUUGGAUGUUAUGUCUCCGACUGAUGAGGAGAUGAAGCUUCUUAGCAAGGUGUUCUCUAUCCAUCCGUUGACGACGGAAGAUAUCCAGAUGGAGGAGACGCGAGAAAAGAUCGAGCUAUUCCGGAACUAUUAUCUUGUUUGUUUCCGGAGCUUCGACCAGGACCCGUACAGCCCGACGUACCUUGAGCCUCUUAACAUGUACAUCAUCGUUUUUCGGGAAGGAACUCUUUCUUUCCAUUUCCGACCAACGCCACACCCACAAAACGUCCGAAGACGUAUCAAACAACUCAAAGACUACAUCAACGUGACCUCGGACUGGAUUUCGUAUGCGCUUAUUGACGAUAUUACGGAUGCGUUUGGGCCGUUGAUACAGAAUAUUGAGUAUGAGGUUGAUAGUAUUGAUGAGCUGGUGUUGAUUUUGAAGGAGGCGGAGCAGAGUGAUAUGUUGAGACGGAUUGGGACUUGUCGAAAGAAGGUUAUGGGAUUGUUGAGACUUAUGGGUAAUAAGGCGGAUGUUGUGAAGGGUCUUGCGAAGCGGUGUAAUGAGAAUUGGUCGAUGGCGCCAAAGUCGGAUAUAGGGCUUUAUCUUUCCGACAUACAGGACCACCUAAUAACAAUGACUCAAAAUCUCAACCACUACGAAAAGAUCCUCUCUCGUUCCCACUCGAACUACCUCGCGCAGAUUAGUAUCGAGAUGACGGAUGCGAAUAAUCAGAUUAAUGAUGUGUUGAGUAAGUUGACUGCGUUGGGGACGGUGUUGAUUCCGAUGAAUUUGGUUACGGGGUUGUGGGGGAUGAACGUGCAUGUCCCGGGGGAGGAUGUUACUACGAAUUACACGUGGUUUGUAUCUAUCAUAGCUGGGCUGGUGUGCUUUGCAUGUCUAGGAGGGAUCUUGACGUAUAAGUUGAUGCGGCGAUAGAUAAAUAUUCCUGUUUUCUUUUUUUCUUUUUUUCUUUUGGUAUACACGAGUCUCGCUUUUUCUUUUCUCUUUUUCAAUUGGUAUUUUUCUUUGGCAUAUUUCAUAUUUCAUAACUACAUCAGGGCAUACGAACACCCAACACCAACACUUUAGAUAGC